UGCAACAGAGGGAGCUUUGUGCCUGGCACUAGAGCCCUCAACAGCCGCAAGGCCUGCCCUUGUCGCUGCGAUGUUGUUGGUGGCGGACCCCGGCUGCUGCAGUAUGGUUUGUCUCAGCCUAGGACCUGGCCGGACAAGCCGGUAUGUACGUAUCAAUGAUCAUCGGAUCGAAACCGCCAGCACACUUGGGUUGUCUAAGAAUGGCACCUGAGCUCCAGUCGUCAAUCACAGCAGCUUUGCAAGUGUCGGCAGAGUCAUCGGAGCAGGAGCAAGGGCAGAACGAGCGACAUUACGGACGUACACCAACAGGAAUCCAUCAAGGGACGAAGGUCAAGGACAUCCAAUUCACCAUGGAUCAAAAUGCCGAUCCCCCGGAUUUGUGCGGUGGAGGUGCUGGAGUGAUCGGCUUGGCAUUGACUAAUAAUAAUUACUCUCCAGUCUCAUGCUGGACGGAGGACGCAGCAAAGUCCGAGCAACAUAUCACCCAGCGGUCUUUUUUACAUCCAGCGAUAAUAUCCCUAGUUCUGGAGAAGCAUUGGGGAAGUGCUGCUGGAUUCCGCUGGAGCUGCACAAAGGCAGUCCGCUGGUGCAGAUGGUCUGCCCACUCACUGUCUUUGCAGUCCAGCCCCUUCUCGGUUUUUCUUGCAGCAGCGCUAAGAAUGGAGCAGUAUCCGUACACACAGAGGGCUUCACAAUCUUCUGUUGGCUCAGGGCUGAUGGUCCGCCAGAGUCUUGACAGUACGCCAAGCGCUUGGCCGCAGGGUCCAGAUACAAUACGGAGCAUCCCGUCAACUGGGUGGCCGGCUGGGAGGAAAACUCUUACAUGGGCUGUGGACGCACUCCCUUCGCGCGGAGGCUCCCGGACUCGAUACGCGGGCUGUAAUUGCUCCGCCGCUGUCCGCUGCAUGUGUCGAGGUCUGGGCUCGGUCUGGGCGAAGCUGGGCGCGAUGCAAUAUUUGAUGCUGGUGCCCGCCCCGGUAGGGACGGCCUCGCCAGCGGCCCAGCGCUAUUAUCGUUGGCCAAGCCUUUUGAGAGGCCGCCCCUGGAGGCUUGGCUUGGCCAGCCUUCUCCCCGCAUUCUCGUCUCAGGGUUGAGAAGCAGCAGUCCGACGAGAGGGGCCCAAGACUCCAAGAGCACCUCUCCUCGAUGUGAUGAAUGGCCUGCCAUGUUAACUUGCUGAGGGUUGGGCGAUCAUCAGCUCGAGGGCACGCAGGCAAGGCUGCACAGCACUACCGAGUGACGCCGUCAGGAGGCUAGUCACUUUGAUUGUUGAGGUUUGGCGCACCGAAACAUGAGGCACCACGUGCUUAUAUCCGUGCCGCUCACGCAACGGGCACAGACAUGGGCGAAAUGGGCAAUGAUUGCCUCUACUAGCGAUUAC